AUGGUGAUCCAAAGCGUCCUAGUAACCGGUGGCCUCGGCUUUGUUGGCUCGGCCAUUGUCGAUGCACUGCACAAAAAGUACCCUUCUAGUUUAAUCAAAAUCUUGGACAUUAGUGAAGAUACCUUCGAAUGGAGAACUAAGUCGAAAUACCCACCAAACAUCAGUUUUGUGGCGUGCGAUAUUCUUGAUACGGAGAAACUAAUAGGUGUCCUUCGCUACACCAAGCCGGAUGUCGUUAUUCACACGGCCGGAAUAGUUCCCCCGUUGAGCGAAAGAUACAAUCGCAGGAUAGAGGAGCGAAUACUAAAUGUGAACGUCGAGGGAACUCGUAACAUCUUGAAUGCUACGAAAAAUGCUGGGGCAAAGGCAGAAAAAAUUGUUCUAGCAGCAAAUUCCACUACGUUCUCAACAUGCAUCCUUCGACCAUCAGUCAUCAUGGGUCCGGGUGACGAACAGCUCAUUCCCCCUAUACAUGCAUGUAUAGCGAAAGGAGAGACCCCCUUCAUUAUCGGAUCAGCUGAUAAUCUCUGGGAUAUAACCUACGUUACAAAUGUCGCGGAUGCUCAUGUGCUUGCGUCUGAAAAUCUCCACUCACACACAGCAACCGCUGCUGGUGAAAUCUUCUUCAUACAAAACAACACGCCAAUCACAUUCCGAGAUUUUAGCAUAGCUGUAUGGAAAGAGUUCGGGCAUAUCCCGCCUUACGAAGUAAUGAUACCGCAAGGUUUGGCUUGGGUAGCCGGCCUUUUGGCAGAAGCUGCCUCGUGGUUAACUGGUUCGAAAGAAUCUACCUUAAGUAGAGGCAGUGUGAAUGAUGCUUGUGCUAUUAGAUAUGCAAGUGGCGAAAAGGCGAAACGAAUCCUGGGAUACGAAGCAAAAGUGGGUUUGGAGGAAGGCAUCCGCUUGAGCUGUGAGGCGUAUAAGAAGAGACUUGCGAGUCAAGAGAAAAAGGCAUGA